AGGGAGGUGGGCGCCUCAGUCACUGUUUGUGCCUCAGGUCCUCCAGACUGUGGAUGUAGCGAACCAAAGUGGACUUUUACGCAUUUUACGCACGGGCUUUAACUGGAGAUACCGAUUCUCAUUCAUCUAAUCGUCGGCUCAAAUCAUCAAAUAAGUCACUAUUUUUGCGAUUUUAACUCCUUUUUUUAUUUUCUUGUCGCUGGAUUUCUGACAAAAGCCAAAAAAUAUAAAUAAAAACUGAAAUCGCCAGGAGAUAUGAUACUCAGAAGAAGUCUCUUCUUGUUGCUAUUAUCACUUAAUUUCCUUCAAGCAUUACCUCAAGAUGGUGAGCAGGAGGACGAGACAUCAUUCGACUUGUUUGAAAUCAGCCAAAUCACGCGCAAAACUCUGGGGGCCAAACAGUUCCGGGGCCAAAACUCAGAUGCCCCUGCCUACCGCUUCAUCCGUUUCGACCACCUGCCCCCAGUGAGCCCCCCCAUACUGAAGCAAAUCCUCCGCCAGUUCCAAAACAAUGAAGGCUUUGUGUUUGUAGCCAGCAUACGCCAGGACCGUGCCUCACGGGGCACCCUGAUUGCUCUGGAGGAUGACGAUGGCCGGCGGCAGUUUGAGAUCGUGUCCAACGGACGUGCCAACACUCUGGACCUCGUAUACUGGGUGGACGGCUCGCAGAACGUGAUUUCAUUCGAGGAUGUGGACCUGUCUGACUCGCAGUGGAAGAAUAUCACGCUUCAUAUUCACGGGGAGAACGCAAACCUGUUUGUGGGCUGCAACCUGAUCGACAGCAUCAUCCUGGAUGAGCCGUUCUACGAGCACCUGCAGGCUGAAGGAGGCCGCAUGUAUGUGGCAAAGGGAUCCAUCCGUGAGAACCACUUUAGGGGCCUUCUUCAGAAUGUGUUUUUCAUCUUUGAUACCUCAGUGGAAGACGUCCUCCUGAGCAGAGACUGCGAGGUCAAUAAACAAGAUGACGCCAACAUUGUGAGCGAGAGCACAGAGAUCGUGGAUGUCAGUCCUUCCAUCACUACAAACAUUAUAGGUCAGAAGACAGACGACUUGGGAGCAGAAAUGUGUGAACGCUCCUGUGAGGAACUUAGCACCAUGUUCCAGGAGCUCAAGGGCCUUCGUGUUGUCGUCAGCAACCUUAUUGAUGGCUUGCAAAAAGUGACAGAGGAGAACACGGUCAUGAAGGAGGUCCUUGGGAGGAUGUCGAACUCUAAAGAGAAAAACAUGUGCUGGCAGGAUGGCCGCCUGUUUGAGGAUAAGGAAGACUGGGUUGUAGACAGCUGCACCAAAUGUACCUGCCAGGAGUCCAAGAUUGUGUGUCACCAAAUUACAUGCCCCCCAGUGGCCUGUGCCAGCCCCUCAUUUAUUGACGGCGACUGCUGCCCUGUGUGUCUGCCUAUAGAACCUGAGGAUGGUUGGUCCCCUUGGUCAGAGUGGACUGAGUGCACGGUCACCUGCGGAAUAGGAACUCAACAGAGGGGUCGGUCAUGCGAUGCAACCAGCAACCCCUGCCCCGGAGCUUCGAUCCAGACCCGCAAGUGCAGCCUUGGCAAAUGUGACAGCCGCGUUCGCCAGGACGGAGGGUGGAGCCUGUGGUCGCCGUGGUCGUCGUGCUCGGUGACCUGCGGAGAAGGACAGAUCACCAGGAUACGACACUGCAACGCUCCCGUGCCGCAGCUGGGGGGAAAAGACUGCGAGGGAAGUGGGAGAGAGACUCAGCGCUGCACUGCCCAGCCGUGUCCCAUUGAUGGUGGUUGGGGACCAUGGUCGCCGUGGGCAACCUGCUCAGCAACGUGUGGAGGCGGAAGCAAAACUCGUACACGAGAGUGCAACAGCCCUCAACCUCAACACGGUGGGAAGAAGUGUAUCGGGGAGGCCUUUGACAGCGACAGCUGUAACUCAAGAGAGUGUCCUAUUGAUGGCUGUUUGUCUAACCCCUGCUUCGGGGGAGUGGAUUGCAGCAGCUCUCCAGAUGGAUCCUGGGAGUGUGGCCCAUGUCCUGCUGGUUUUCGUGGAAAUGGUACCCAUUGUGAAGACAUUAAUGAGUGUGACAUGGUGCCUGAUGUUUGCUACAAAGUGAGUGGAACGCAGCGCUGCAUCAACACUGAUCCAGGUUUCCACUGUCUGCCCUGUCCAAAGCGUUAUAAGGGCACCCAGCCGUACGGUAUGGGCGUGGAAGCUGCCAAGAAGAACAAACAAGUGUGCGAGCCAGAGAACCCGUGCAAGGACAAGACCCACAACUGUCACAAAUAUGCUGAAUGCAUUUACAUCAGCCACUUCAGUGACCCGAUGUACAAGUGUGAGUGCAGGACCGGUUAUGCUGGAGAUGGCUUCAUUUGUGGCGAAGACUCGGACUUGGAUGGCUGGCCAAAUCAGAACCUUGUGUGCGGUGCCAACGCCACUUAUCACUGCAAGAAGGAUAACUGCCCUAGCCUUCCCAACUCUGGACAAGAAGACUUUGACAAAGACGGUCAAGGAGAUGCUUGUGACAAGGACGAUGAUAACGAUGGGAUUCUGGAUGAAAGGGACAACUGUCCCCUCCUUUACAAUCCUCGCCAGUUUGACUUUGACAAGGAUGAAGUUGGCGACCGCUGUGACAACUGUCCCUAUGAACACAACCCUGCUCAGAUAGACACCGACCACAACGGAGAAGGGGAUGCCUGCGCAGUCGACAUCGAUGGAGAUGACAUUCUGAAUGAGAGUGACAACUGCCCCUAUGUAUACAACACUGAUCAGAAGGACACUGACAUGGAUGGAGUUGGCGACCAGUGUGAUAACUGUCCAUUGCUGCACAACCCCGAUCAGACUGACGUAGACAAUGACCUGGUUGGAGAUCAGUGCGACAAUAACCAGGACAUUGAUGAGGAUGGUCAUCAGAACAAUCUGGACAACUGCCCCUAUGUGGCCAAUGCCAACCAGGCUGACCAUGACAAGGAUGGCAAAGGAGACGCGUGUGACUACGAUGAUGAUAAUGACGGCAUACCUGACGACAGGGACAACUGCAGACUAACACCCAACGCUGACCAACUAGACUCUGAUGGUGAUGGAAGAGGAGAUGCCUGCAAAGAUGACUUUGACAAUGACAGCAUCCCAGAUAUUCUGGAUGUGUGUCCGGAGAACAACGCCAUCAGUGUGACAGACUUCAGGAAGUUUCAGAUGGUCCACUUGGAUCCUAAGGGAACCACUCAAAUUGAUCCCAACUGGGUGGUCCGACACCAGGGCAAAGAGCUGGUCCAGACAGCCAACUCUGACCCAGGCAUUGCAGUCGGUUUUGAUGAGUUCGGCGCUGUGGACUUCAGUGGAACCAUGUACGUGAACACAGACAGAGACGAUGACUAUGCAGGCUUUGUGUUCGGCUACCAGUCGAGUGGGCGCUUUUAUGUAGUGAUGUGGAAGCAGAUCACACAGACUUACUGGGAGGUUAAGCCCUCCAAGGCCUUCGGCAUCUCUGGCGUUUCGCUCAAAGUUGUCAACUCAACCACAGGCACCGGAGAAAACCUCAGGAAUGCUUUGUGGCACACGGGCAACACUCCAGGACAGGUGCGUACACUCUGGCAUGACCCCAAAAACAUUGGAUGGAAGGAUUACACAGCUUACAGGUGGCAUCUCAUCCAUAGACCAAAGACUGGUUUUAUAAGGGUUGUGGUCUACGAAGGUAAACAGAUCAUGGCUGACUCAGGACCAGUUUAUGACAAGACUUUUGCCGGAGGAAGGUUAGGCUUGUUUGUCUUCUCGCAAGAGUUGGUGUUCUUCUCCGACCUCAAGUAUGAGUGCAGAGAUAAGCCGGAGUUUCCAACAGUGUUCACAAGAUAACUGAAUCAAGUCGGGCAGAAAAACAUCAGAGGGCAAAAGACAAGAAUCUCUCCAAGUAAACAUCACGUCAUCCCUGAAUCCAUUUCAAUGUAAAUGGGACUUUGCAUACUCCCAUGUUUUGCCUUAAUCCAUCCACUGGAGGAGAAACCGUGGCAGAUUUGAGUUUUCCUGGUGAUUUACGUACAUCUCCCAAACUGAGAAAGAAAAACUGAGAGAGUGGACACAUUUUUUUUUGUUUGUUUUUUUCUUAAAAGCCUCUGCAGAAUAUCUAAUUAUAACUCGCGUACCUAUUCUACAUUUUAGAAUUUAUUGUACAACCACUUACAUGCUGUAUGUGAUUUCCUACAGCAACUCGGUUGUUCUUUACCUUUAACCUUCUGUUUUCCGAACAACUGAUCAUACAGUGUCCGACGAACAUAAACUGUAACCAAAGCAUAAUCAUUUAGCUGUCUCAAGUCCGUUACUAUUUCUCUUCAUGUUUUUCAUCCUUUUUUUUUCUUUUUUUUUUUAAAUGGAGAACUUGAGUGAACAAUUUAUAAAAAAAAAAAAAAGCCAUUUUAGUAAGUGCCAAAGAUGUUUAUACUAAGUCUGUACUAUAAUUCCUUUUUGUAAAUUAUUUAUGCUCUGCUUGUUUUUGUUUGUUUGCAUUUUUGCUAGUUUGUAAAUAAUUAUUUAUUUGUUUACACUGACAAAACGUAUAAUUGAAUAUCACAAACGUCGAGAUAACACAAUAUAGUAUUGCAAGGUUCUCCAUGUUGUCGUGCACUCCUUUACUUGUUAGUUUUUUUCAGACCUUUUCAGAUAAACUGAAGCAUAAAGACAAACACCAGCUGCUUUUAAAUAAUCAUAAACGUAAACACGGCAGAUGUUUAUGUCGGUGAUGGUAGCUGCCAGAGAAAGGUUUAUUUACUUAGCUGUCCAGACAUGGCCUCAUUGUCCUCGUAGUGAUGUAUCACUUUGGUAUUUGUUUGAUUUUCUGUGUUCAGAGGAGCUUAUUAAUGGUACCUCAAGUAAAACUGGCUGCAAAUUAGGCUACUGGCACCAUAGCAAGCUCCUUUUUCUCCUUUUUUUUUUUUUUACUUGUAAAGCAUAAACAAACACAAAAUAAGAAAGUACACCAAGGUAGUAACAUCAGUUUAAAAUGUAUUGAAACAAAUAGAAUUGCAGUUCUAGAUUCUAAGCAAAUUGAAUGUCAUAGACCAAGCACCAAGUACUGCAACACCUGAGAGUCUGAGGUUCAACAGUCAGCCGUGAAAGCAUUUUUACUUUUUCAUUCAUAUGUUAGUCGCAAGUAUCACUUAUGGAUGUCGUGAAACUUUGUAGUGCCGGUUGAAAAGGAUCCAUAUGAAGGUGUCUAAAAACAAAGUGUGUGACUGACUUUGUUGUCAUUCGUCUGUAUAGCAUUCGUGUUCAUCCAUGUUUGGUUUCCAUCUUGUUCAUCUUGUUGAGAGUUUGCAAUGCACAAAAUGUAAAUGUUUUUGUAUACUUGUGUUGUUAGAUAUACAUUUUCUACAAGCAUUAGUGUAAGAUUGUUCUGUUUCAUGAAUAAAUCCCUUGUAUACCACUUUGUUGAUUAUGUACAUUAGGGUUGACGGUAACCUCAUAGUAUUAACGUAAUGCCUUUUAACCUGCACAACAGUGUCAAAUAUCAGCUGAGUGCAUUUUAAGAGAGGCCAGUGUUGGUUGCUGUUGUACUUUCUUUGCCUUGUCUGUGGCCCCAAACACAAACCUUUUAAACAUCUCUUGCAUAAAUUUAGUUUCAUUAUUUUUCACAUAAACAGCUGGGCAUUGUAGGUUCCAGCAAAUGGUACUCCAAGAAAAGCAAACCUGUAUUUGUCACAUCUAUAUUACGGAAUUGUAAAUAUUCCUUUUGACAUAGUCCAUCUUGUUUGGCGGCUGGAGUCAGAGCGCAGGGUCAGCCAAGAUACGAGGAGCGGAUAUAGUUGAGGGCCUUGUUCAAGGACCCAACAGAGGCAGCUAGCUGAGCUGAGGUUUGAACCCUUGACUUCUGACCCGGAGCCGCAGCUGUUGGUGAAAUUUUACAUUUGUUAGGGGCUAUUGAUAGCGGCAGCAGUGCAGUAUUUGUCACAGUGCCCAUAUCUGGGUCCGUGUUAAUAAAGAAACCCGUCACCCCA